AUGUCGCCGCUGGUCGGCGGGCCCAUAGUGGCUGCAAGGGCCACACCAAAAUAUGAGACAUUAGUUGUGAUUCCUCAAGAGCGCUCGUUUACCUCCCACUGCGACGCAUCCUUCCGUGGGACCUAUCACAACGCAGGAAGGCCGUUGUCGUUAUAUGCGACGUCGAGUGCGUGUACUGGACUCGGAGACACGCCUAUUGAGGCAUCUGUGUCAUUGGAAUCCACACCAAGUUCGGAUAUUUUGUUCUGGGUCGAAGAGAUCGUCACGGACGGUCAGCUUCGGGCGCAGAGUCAUGGUGCACCCAAGAUAUUUAUAGAAUCCGUGAUUGAUUCGCAUCAAGUUUCGCUCAGUGGAUCCAGAACUGCACCGGGCAAGAUUCUCUGGUUCUCCGAGACCGCAGCCAUUCUUUCUAUCCCCGAGGACCAAAUAUCGACACUGGAUAUGCACUUAUCACCGCUAUGGGAAGCAGUACGGAUCCCAGUCGACCCAUUGCCAAUCAAAGCGUCGACAGAAUCCGACUCUGACAAGCGACUGAGGAAGAUUCUCUCCACAGUGCACUUCAACCCGGAUAUAUCAUCCAUUUUAUCCUCCAUCUCCUUGGCACGAAUGCUAUUUGACAUUCGUUGGCUUACAGGAGAGGCGUCCGACUCGCCCAUCAUUAGCCGCCAUAGCUUUUCCGAUGGAGCACGCGUCGCUGCCAAGUGGAUCAGAUCUAAAAUGGAAGAAUAUGGCGCGGCGUGUGAAUACAUGGACUUCCUGGAGGGCUUUGCCCCCAAUAUCAUUUGUCGCUAUGCAGCCAACCCGGACGGCAACUCAACAGAGGCGACUACAGCGAAAGGUCCAAGAUCGCGGCUCUUUCGGAAGGCAUGUCGUCCCUCUCAGAUCUCGCGUAGCUUACCACCUUGCAGCACAAGGGCUCCUGGCGGGGACGAUGAUGGCAGCGGUGUGGUUCAUCUUCUCUCCAUUGCAAGAGCAAUCUCAACGAAGAGCGUGUACUUCAAUGUCGAUGUUGAGCUAUGCGCCUUUGCAGGGGAAGAGCAGGGGCUUCUUGGUAGCAGCGCUUAUGCUAAGAAGCUCUACGAGGAUGGCGAAGAUAUUUUGUUAAUGAUUCAGGCGGACAUGUUGGCUUACCACUCGUCGGAGGAGCCCAUGCAGCUAGGACUGCCGCAAGCGAUUGGUAGCCCUGUUGCAGCCGAACUUGUCGCUAAUAUAUCAUCGAUAUAUGCACCAGAAUUGACCGUUGGGAUCACCGCCGCCUGCUGCAGCGACCAUCAGUCCUUCUGGCAAUAUGGCAUGGACACAGGGUUCUCUGCAACACAAGUGUUUGAGAGAGCUGGCGACAUCAUCGACCCGAUGUAUCACAACUCUGGAGAUCUAUCCAACCGGACCAACUAUGAUCUCAAUCAAGUCCAUUCGAUUGCCAAGGUCACGUUGGCCACCUUACUGCACACAGCUGGAUUUGGAUUUUCGAGCGACAACUAG